AUAACACAAAAAUAAAACUGGUAAAGGGACUAGUACAGGGCUAUAUAUUGAGUGUUUUCAUAAUUUAACGUUAACAGUGUAACGUUAUGCUUGUAACGUUAGUAUUUGUACACGGAGUUGCAACUUGAACUUCUUCCACUAAUUUACUGCUAACCAGAGUCAAACUGAUCAAAAUGGAUUUUUUCUUUGAGGACCUACCAACCACCUCACAGUCCACUCCCAACAGCGAUCAUGGAGAGUCACAAUCGACAGAAGACAUAGACUAUGACUCAUCAAGAGGGAAGUCAUCAAGCUUGAGCUUGAGCAUGACUAAGAUUCAAGAGCAGCAAACCAGCUCAAGCAUCGAUGAAAUCAGCAGGAGAGUGCAGGAUCUGGUUGAAAAGGUCAAUGACAGCCGCACUAGUGACCAGAAAGUGAUGGACGGCUUUCAGGAUAAGCUUGUGGAGAAGGUGUCAGAGAUGUGCCAGCAGAUGAAGGAGCACAUGUACACAGUCUACGAAAAGAACAGUAAUGACAUGCAGGUGAAGCUGCAGGAGGUGUCAGAGGUGCUGGAGAGCUGCACUAAGCUCAACCAGGAGCUCCUGGAGGCCAGCCAGGCACUGACAGGUCUGAGAGAGGCCCUGGCCAUAAGCCAGUCCUCAGAACCCUGAUAAACCAGAUAUUGUCUCAUGUCCGUAUUAUUUUGAACUAGUUAAUGUGUCAUUUUGUUUAAUAUUAUAUUGAGUAUUCGGAAUAGUUGACCUUGUCUAGAUUACUCAUUUUCCCUUCCUCUUUCUCCAAGAAUACAUGGUUGACUAUAUCUUUGUUUUCUGGACAGUAGUUCAUGUUACAACCCAUGACUGCAGUCGAAACCAAAAGCUGAAUCCAUGUUCCCUUUGUGUAUCUGCUUAUUCAAUAAAUAAAACUACAACAUUU